GCUCUCGUGUGAGCGCUCAGAGCAGAGCAGGAGGUCACAGUGGAGAAGAAGGGGACUGUCUCGUGCUGCUUGCUCUGAAGCAGUGGAUACUUUUAAGAGAAGACUAUCUUUUUAUUUGAAAUGAAGAAUACAUUGACUCCACAAGCCUGAAGAAAAGCGGGACCAUUCUUUCUCCAUUCAUUAGUUUUCAAAGACUCUUUUUGGUCAGAAGUUUUGAUCCUUCAUACUUUUUAAUUUUGUUGCUACGGGAUUUUUGUUUUUUAUAGCCUAUUAUGGCGGAAAACAAGCAUCCUCAUGUUGUUUAUUGCAACGAUUCGCCUAAAAGAGUUUUGGUUUCUGUUAUUAAAACCACCCCUAUCAAGCCACGGAAAGAGGCAAUGACCCCGACCAGCCCCGGAUUCAGUGACUUUAUGGUGUAUCCGUGGAAAUGGGGGGAGAAUGCGCACAAUGUGACCCUAAGUCCAGGCUCGGUGAGCGGCGCCUCUUCCCCAACCGGGACCCAAACGGUCAGGGAGGCGGACACUGCUCCUUCCCCGGACCAGUUCAAGGACGGCAUUAGGAGAGGGCGGCCGCGAGCAGACACUGUUCGGGAGCUGAUAAGUGAAGGCGAGACUUCACUGAGUCGUAUCCGCUGCAACAUCUGCAACCGAGUGUUUCCUCGUGAGAAGUCUCUGCAAGCUCACAAGAGGACACAUACAGGAGAGCGGCCCUACCUGUGCGAUUAUCCAAACUGCGGAAAGGCCUUUGUCCAGAGCGGUCAGCUGAAGACACACCAGCGGCUGCAUACUGGGGAGAAACCUUUUGUUUGUUCAGAGAAGGGAUGUGGGAAUCGGUUUACACAUGCCAACCGCCACUGCCCCAAGCACCCUUUUUCACGACUGAAGAGAGAGGAACCAAAGGAAGGUCAAGGGAAUGCCCAUAUGGUCGACAACAAGGCUGUGGCUGAGUGGCUGGCAAAGUAUUGGAAAACCCGAGAACAGAGGGCUCCCACCACCAACAAAAUCAAAGCACAGGGCAAAGGGAGAGCCGAGGACCAGGAACAACAAGACCCGAUGGAGUUCCUUCAGUCCGACGAAGAAAAUGAAGAAGAGGAGGAGAUGAUGGUGGAGGAGGAGAAGAGCAGUCAGCAAGGUGGAGCAGCCAAACGCCGCCUCCAGGAACAGAGAGAGCGUCUCCACGGAGCCCUGGCCCUCAUCGAGCUCGCCAACAACCUGUCUGCUUAAAAAUCCAGCUGUUGUCCUGAAAAAAAUCCACCUCCCAAUCGGCCUUCCUGUUUAAAAUGCUGUAGAAACAUCUCAUAGGUUUGGUUCACGUGAUAACAACAACGUUCGGCAGUCAGAUUGCAGAUUUGUUGACCUGUUUCGUGGUUAAUAUCUGCAAUUACUGGGCCUAUCCACAUGAAACAAAAAACUGGCACAAAGUUUAACAUCUUACAUAAAUAAUAUACAUAAAUAAACACAAUUUUCACAAUAGCCUUAGACUCUAAAACAUGUAAUUUUUCAAGUUUGUGGAGAUAAUCCCAAACAAAUAAUGAUAGGGUUUCUUUCAAAAACAGUAAAUUUCCCAUAAAGUUAACAUAGGUCCUUGCCCAUAAAAUCAUCAAAUUCUCAAACGUGAACCAACCUAUUUCAGACUAGUUCAGCUGGAAAUAUUAAGUUUAACACCAGUCUUGUUGUGGGAGCGAACUGUCAAUACCUAGUCUAAUUACAGCAGCAGAAAGGCACAAGCUAACGCACCUUAUUCAAUAGCUUCCAUUUUAUCUUUUCUAGGCUGCUAUAUUUUGUAGAUUUGACCAUAUGAAGAAUGUUGGUCUCCUCUUUGUCUUCUGAAGGCAAGAAAGGGGAGACUAUGUUUUAUGGUUUUAAUUUGUUUGCACUUUGAUGGUAACGAGUUUUGUUGUGAGUGUAAGAGUGUGUGGAAGUUUUUAAGUAUAUAAAAAUAUAUAUAAAAUGGAUAAAGCUCAGAUGGACAGACUGAUACAGGGUGUGCUCGAGAAUAGAAUAGAUAAUGUUGCUUUCUGUCAGCUUCGGUAAUGACUGGUGGAGGAAAACAGUUGAGAGGUUUAGUUAUGGUAAUUCAGCUCAUUUUUUUCCAUACUGUUUGUGUAGGUUUUUUUGUUUUAAUCAUAAUAUACACAAAACCAUUGCAAGUCUAAUCCAGGUGUCUGUCCCAAUCAAAAAUUCUAAUUAUUAUAGCAAUUAUCUUUUAGUUUAGACUCAUAACAAAAUAAACUGGUCACUUAGCACCCUUUCAAAGUACUUUUCUCAACAUUUAAAGUUAUUUGAACUAAAACACAACUGACAAAUUGUUAAAGCAGUGCACCAAGUAAGUAAGUUUAGUCCUGGUAUCUGAUACAAUCCAAAUUAUUCUAGCAAUUAUCUUAAAAUUUUAGACUCAACAAUAUAAACUGGUCACUUAGCAUAGUUUACAAGUACUUUUCUCACAUUUAAAUCUCUUUUAAAACACAACUGACAAACCAUUACCUGCUAGUAUCCAUAGCGAUGCCUAGAAAGUUCCACAGUAUGGCAUUGUCAUGGAAGAAAGCAAGUGGCAGCACCAGGCCAAGUUACAGGUCAGAUCUGUGGAGAGGUGACCAUACUCACAGUUAAAAAGCAUGAGAAGCACUUAGUCGCGACUACAUCAAGUUUUGGAUUAAUCUUGCAAUGCACUGACUAUUUUACGUGGGUUGUGUCCAGAGAAAGACGCAAGUGUGAUCUUAACUGGAUUUGUGUUUGUUGGAUUGGACUAGUUAAAUUAACAACACUACAUCCCUAAGCACUGUACUAACUGUUCACAAAAUCUGCCUUUAAUACUUCAUCAUGAUUUCUGUUGUGUGUAGAUGCAUGCUCUUAGCCUCAUGAAGUCCAUCUCAAACUGGAAGUCAAAUUAAUUGUUGAUAAUCAAAGCACCAAAUGAUUUAUUGUACCCAUAGUGUGUUUCUAACCCUUAGUUUGUGUUGUGGUUGCUGGAAAUUAUUGUAAUUAAUAUAUACAUGUCUGUUAGAGAAUGCAGUGUGCACAAUUUACCAAAAGCUUUGAUUUUUAGUAUUUCUCAAUACUCAGUACUGCAUUUCUAUUAAAUCAGUAGUUAUCAUGCUUGCUUUUUAGGCAUAUUCUACAGACCUGAAAGACUGUCCACACUGUUGAAAUUGUUGAUCUUCAAUAAACAUUCACUGAAUCUCA